AUGCUGCCGGUUGACUGGAUGCCUUCCAAAGUUCGCGGGGAUCCGAGAUUGCUCUUGCACAAGGCAAAUCCCACUUUUCCUUUGGGUCCUUUUGACGGCAAGAACGGUAUCAUCUUGGAUGGUUCCGACUCCUUCAUAGUCACCCCAAACUCCUCUAUCAUCUGCAGGCCUCCCCUUGGGGCGAACCGGGAGGUAUACAUGCGGGAAAACUUUCGAUACGGCCACGACGACCUGCUCCAAUGGCCACAGGCCUAUGUCGAGCAGUUUCCUCAUCUGGCUUGCAUACGCUGGAUAGCUCCUGCCUCUCCAAACGAUCCCUUCCAUCCGCUGUAUCGCGGCUUGACAAAGUAUGAUUUUGUUGAGUGCGACCCAGACAGUCUCGUGGAGGGAGUUGGUCAUCUGUGUUACUCGACAUUUCUCAAAAUUCAAGCCGCUUGCAAAGUCGUCAUUGAGUCGAUGAACUCAGUCGAUGGCAGCGCACCUGUGUCCCAUAGCAUGCGUGGACACCUGAAUGUCAUUGAGUUGCUUCUCGGGCGUCUGCAUGCUCUACCAACAUCCUUCCUACACGUUUGCUUGACGUUCGCAGAAACUCAGCAUGUGGCCCUGGAACUUAGGGCCUUUGUCGAGUACAUGACCAUGUUCAAGCCCCUCAUGGACUCUCCCGAGACCGACGCGCCUGCCAUGCCUGUUGAUGAGAGUCUUGUGGGUGCAUACGUCCAGGAUGCAACAGUUCUCCAGAGAUUUUUCAAGGCGGGAAUACCAGUCUGGCGCAUUGUGGACAUGAAGAACCUCCCAGGUACCCGUGUGGAUUCCCUCACUGAAUUUGCGACCUCGCCAUGGCCGCAGGGUCCUUGCACGCUGCGAUUGCCCUCUGUCUUUGUAGGGUCGUCGAGAGAUCCACGGAAAUACUCGAAGAUUCAAGAGCACGUGUUGCACUCUUGUCGAUGGAUCGAUCCAUUUGCGUUGGUGUCCCCCAUCAUCCUGGGUCGUCCGGAUGUUCCUCUCACUGCGGCGUCGUCAUCGACGUCUCGAUAUUCUCCAUAUCAUAAAAAUGCGCGACCACAGUCUGGGAAACCUCAUCAGCUGAUGGACCCUCAACACCCUCUACUUCCGCCAUUGAUCGAGCCGUGGCGUCGUGGACUACUGGCCGUGGAUGCGAAUCCUUCUCGCUGUCAUUCCUCUGGUCGUCCACAGCCAACCGCGAUUCCGAGGGAAUCGCAAUACGCCUUCCCUAGGCCAGAUAUCAUUGCCACUGUGAAUACGGAGGAAAAAGUCAACUCCUUUCUGAUUUCUUGGUUGCGUCUGCGAACACCUUUGUUCGCACGUCUCACGGUAACAGAGCGGGUACCUCCAAACUUGUAUCAUCAAGAGUGGCGGACCAUGUUGGCGCUGGGAUUUCUGCAUUCGGCGGGAGAGAGUGGUGGGCUAGCAACGAGACGGCGGCAGGAGGUGACAAAGAUCAUGGAAGGCUACGCAGAAUUCCCUCUCCGUGCGGAUAACAACGCGUCAUCGGCGUUUUGGCGAGGAAAGGCAUAUGAGACCCUUACAAGGGAGGAGCGUAUGGAGAUAUGCUGGGAACUGUCGGAGGUGAAUUUCCGCUGUGAGUUCAGAGCGCUGCAUCGACGAGCCACAGUGAAUGCAAGUGACGGCAUACGAGCACUGGAUGUCUUCCGUUGCUUUCCUGAUGGACGGCAACUACCAGGACAAAUCGAUGUCGGCUCUGCGAAUUAUGGCCUCGCCCAUCAUUUAUGGCUGCAACGAGCCCCGUACAUAUUCGCAAUGAAGAAGCUGAUGAAGACAUGGGAUGGGAAUCAUCCAGCAUUCCUGGAUGUGGUAAAAUCCACUGGUUGGACCGAGGAUGAGUUUUUGAGCAUUGAAAAUUCUAUUGCGGCUCAUUAUUGUGAUACGUUCUUCUUGUAUUUUGGCCGCGCACCUGUUCUUCCUCGCCAAUUGGCUCACCAGACCUCGGAGUCGUACGUCCCAGAACCUCGCGACCGGGUUGCGACAACCCGGUCAGGUGUUUAUUUAGAUAUUGAGGACUUGGUUUGA